UAAAGAGUCUUAUUAUAUAACAAACACAAAGAAGGGAGAAAAGAAAGCAAAGAUGAGUGGUUGUAAAACAGAGUCAGAAACAGAGCAAGAACAGAGUAACACAUCAAUUCUUCUACCAAUAUUCAAGUUCAAUCCUCAAACAACAAUGGUGGAUUAUUCUUAUUCUUCUUCUCCUGAGAGGUCAGGGAUUGUAACUCCACCACUUUGCACCUUAGCCUCAGUACCAUUUGGUUGGGAAGAGGAACCUGGCAAGCCAAGAAUAACUUCUUCUUCUUCUUCUAAUACUAAUGCCAUUGUUACUUUGACCAACUCAAAGUCAAAGUCAAAGUCAAAGUCAUUGCAACUUCCUCCAAGAUUGCAACAACUAGUUCAUGAUGAAGGUGAUGAUGAUGCAACCAAAGUUCACUCACCAAGCAGUGUAUUGGAGGGUCCUUAUUGUAUCUCAAGAAGUAAUACUUGCCACCUUCCUCCAUCUUCUAGGGCUCUAGACAAAGGAAUGAGAAUGAAGGAGAGAGGGUGGUUUGGUUCAUUAAGGGGAAGGAAGGGCUUCAAUGUCAAAAGGGAAGUGAGUAGGGGUAGUUAUGUCUUUUCCUCUAAUUCUACAUCUUCUGCUGAUGAAGAUUAUCAUGGCAAUAAGGUGAGAAGUGUGACAAAGAUGCAACGUUCUAGAAGCAUUUCCCACCUCUUCCAUGCCAAGCCAUGGACAAUGAUAUGUGAGAGCUUCAAGCAAGUGGUUCCAUGGAAGAGUCAAAAGCUCAAGGAAGUUGGCUAUGGUGCCCUUAAUCUCUAGGACUUUUUUACCAGAGCCAGGUCAAAAUCAAUCAUACCUUAUCCAUGAUCCACCUGUUUUUUCAAUAAUUUAAUUUUAAUAUUAUUAUUUUUUUGGUUUCAUCUUUUUCUUCCCUUUAUGAAAUCAAUAUCACUGUGAAACUUUGUACUGAAUCCUGGGAGUGUUAUUUUAUGUAUUAAAAAUUUUAUACUUUAAAUAUUCAAUGUUUAUAAUAUAGUAUAGUUGAUAUUACUUUUAUAUAAUCAUUUAUUUAAUGUUGACAAAAUAAUAUUUACUUGGUCAUAGCUUAAAACACAUGAUACAAGCAUAAUUUGUAUAUAUUUAAAAGAUUCAUAUUUUGAAGCACUUUACACACUAUUUCAGCAAUUAAAUUUGGUCAAGUUCCACAGUAAUUUGAAGCUUUUUCACCCAUUAAUAGUUUCAUAAGUUGCAUUGCAACAAUUAGCUGUGUAAAAUUAGCUACUAGUUUGUGUAUCCAACAAUUCAUUUGUGAAUGAUUCAAAUUCAUAAUGAAUUAGUCCUUAGUCUGAUGAAUCAAACGGCAAGUUCUAUUUGUUCU